AUGCGGUUAGAACGUGAAUCUGCUGACCAGGUCCGUGGUUUGAAACCAACCUCUGCCUCUCAACUCACCCUGUCUAGGGUUGGGCAACCUGGCAUGAUCCCAGCCCUUGUACCUCCUUCUGGUGGCAUGGCAGCUAGGCACCGAAAGGAUGUUACGGGGACUACCUUCAGCAGUAGACCCGGCCUCAUUCAGGCUGUCGAAAAAUUUUCAGCAACCUUAUGCGUAGUGCAUUACGUAUAUGCAUGUAUCAUGAUAUCUCGAAUAUCGUGGCAACUGAAACAUGAGGCGGCUUGGUGCAGCACAUACAGUUUCCUGAAAUCAUCACAAACGAGAUAUUCAGCUGGGUUCCAGACGAGCCUCUCGCAAAACAAAAAUUUGUUUGCAAAUGAGUAUAUUUCGCCAAUUUCGUGA